GAAAGAGUUGGCCUGGGCAGAUUUGUCUGSAUGUGAAAAUGGACACGGAGGAGAAAGAUAUGUCGGACAAUGCAGAGCAAAAAGAACUUUCCCAGUCCCCGGCUUCGCUAGUAGAUGCCACAAAUCACUCUGCAGGACCUGGGAAGAAAGAGGGAUCAGCGAUUGAUGUUGGUGUUGUGAAAUUCGCCAUCAAAUAUCUAAAGUUUGUUGGCGUUGCUCUCUGCAUUUGGUUCAUGGGUUGGCUAGGUUUGAGUUAUGUAUGGGUUCUUUGUGGACUAUUGAUUUAUGUGGUUUGGAAGCUAAACAAAGAGGAAAGAGAGAGGAAGAAAACCGUUUUAAAAGAAUCAGCAGAAAUGGCAGCAGAUGGUGCUGUGCCGCCAAGAAUGGAAGACCUUCCUUCUUGGGUGUUUUUCCCAGAUGUUGAAAGGGCAGAAUGGCUGAACAAGAUGAUUGUACAAAUGUGGCCCUAUAUCAAUGAUAUGGUUGUCAAGAUACUGAAAGAAACUGUUGAGCCAGAGAUUCAGAAGAAUGUCCCAGGAUUUUUGAGCUCUAUCCACUUUGCUGAACUUUCUCUUGGAAAUCAGGCUCCACGAAUUGGCGGGAUCAAGACCUAUACUCAGAAUGUGAAACGAUCUGAGAUCAUAAUGGAUGUUGAUUUGAUUUAUGCUGGAGAUGCCGACAUCAAGCUAUCAGUUAAAGGUGUAUCUGUUGGCAUUGAGGAUUUACAGCUAAGAGGAACCUUGCGAGUUAUUUUGAGCCCACUUGUGCCAUCUUCACCAUUGGUUGGUGGAGUGUCAGUGUUUUUCCUUAACAGACCAGAUAUUGAUUUUGACUUGACAAAUCUUCUUAACAUACUGGACAUCCCUGGACUGAGUGAUAUUUUAAGAGGAGUCAUUGAUGAUGUCGUAGCGUCAUUUGUAGUUUUGCCAAACAGAAUCUCUGUUCCUUUGACUGAUAUUGAUCCUUACAAGCUUAAAUAUCCACUGCCUGAUGGAGUCCUUCGUAUUCAUGUACUGGAAGCUAAGGAUUUGGUCAAAAGAGACAUUGGUGUUUUUAAAAAAGGAUCUUCUGAUCCCUAUGCCAUUAUUAAAGUUGGUGCACAGACAUUCAGGACAGAAACUAAAGACGAGACCUUGAAUCCCAAGUGGAAUGAAGUAUUUGAGGUGUUUGUAGAYAAUUGCCAGGGUCAAAAGAUCAGGAUCCAGUUGUUUGAUGAAGACAAAGCUUCUGAUGAUGAAACACUUGGUACAGUUGAAGCUGACAUUAGUACUGUUGUUCAACAAGGUAGUGCUGAUCUGUGGCUACCACUGGAGAAUGUUGAGAGUGGACAAAUAAAUUUACGCUGUAUUUGGUAUACAUUUACCAACAAUCCUGAUGACCUUUCUCCACCUGAGAAAGCUACACAGGGGGAUGAGAUGCUAGGAACGGCUGCUUUGUUUGUGAAACUCGACUCUGCCAAGAAUCUCCCAGUUACAAACCCUGCUCGUGGUACUACCAGUGCAUUCUGUAAGCUGACUGUGGGAAACAAGACACUUUGCAGCAAGACUAUUCAAGACUCCAUCAGUCCAGUCUGGGAAGAGCCAUUYAGGUUUUUAAUUCACGAUCCCAAAUAUCAAGAGCUGGAUUUUGAGGUGUUUGACAGUGUUAAAGAGAAGAGCAUUGGCAAAUUAGAUGUUACACUUGACCGGUUGCUUAAAGAUGAGGACAUGACAUUUGAACAACCUUUCCCACUCAAAGAUUCUGGUCAUAACAGUACCAUUACAUGUUCUCUCCAGCUCAAGUCCCUUGUUACUCGUGAUGAUGACACAUCUGAUGAGGAAGACGAUGAAGAAGAAGGUGAGGCAGGUAAAGAAACUUCAGAGCUUAUACCAUCACAGGAUGGAAAAGAGGGUGAAAGUAAACCAACAGCUGUGAGAAGGAGAAAGAAGCCAGCUCCAAAAGAAGAAAUUAAAAGGAAUGUGACUGGUGAUCUUUAUUUCAAAAUUCAUUAUCUUUCCCAAGGAAGCAAGUUGAUCGUAGAGCAAAUGAAAGCCAGGGACUUGAUGCCCUGUGACUCUGAUGGUCUGGCUGAUCCUUACAUCAGAGCAUACCUUCUCCCAGAGAGGUCAAGGAGCAGUAAAAGAAGAACAGAUGUAGCCAAAAACACCUUGGCUCCCAGUUUUGAUGAGCGUUUUGAGUGGAUGAUACCAGAAGAUAAACUCAAAGACCACUCUUUGGAAAUUUCUGUCAAAAAUGAUGUGGGAUUCUUCUCAAAGAGCAAAACAAACAUGGGAGAUGUUAUUGUUGAUCUUGGUAAGAUGGAUGUGAGUAAACCUUCUGCUGAAUGGCAUAUCCUCCAUGACCCAAAGGAAGAUGACUGAGACCAAGCAAUGAAAACAUCUUCAGUGUUUUAGCCACRUAAAGGAUGGCUGACAGUUUGUUGGCAUUAUAAUGUCAAAAAUUGUUAAGCUAAAAAGCCAAACAAACUGUUUCAAAUAAAUGUGGAGUAGAAAGAUCAGUUAUGGCAUUCAUAUACUUCAUUGUCCACUGAUUUCUAAAAUUAUGCAUAAUGAAAUUCUUGUCAAAUAGAUUGUGUAGGUUGGUCUAUUCAUAAUUUAAUCAUUACUUCAACCUAAAAUUUUAUUUACUUUAGUUACGUUUUUUGGCUCACCAAUCCAUUAUCAAGACUGAUGAAAAAACGUAACAGAUUUUUUUUUGUUUUGUAAACUGUAACAUUUUUUUCAUCAGUCUUGAUAAUGGCUUGGUGAGCCAAAAGCUCAACUAAGUAAAUAACAUUUUAGGUUGAAGUAACGUUUAAAUCAUUAAUGAAGUUGUUGUUGUACUUCUAUUAAUAAGCAUAAGGAAAUUGAAGAAAAAUGGGAUAAUGGGGAUAAAUGAAUAAGAGGAAAAUACGAAGAAACAUCUCACAACAGUAUUUAUUUCAUUCUCAAUCUAUUGUUGUCUAUAAUUGAAGAGCACUCAGUAAUGCAUUUUUGGAGUUUUAUGUCUUUUUAAAGUUAACGUGUUCGUAAGUGAUUUAAUCACAGUCAUUUGAAGAAAUUCUGAACAGUAACAUAAUAUAGCUAUUUCAAAAAAGGUUGUCAGAUAAAAUGGCGAAUGUCAGUGGUCRAACAGCGAUUGCACAACUGAAAGUAGUCAUGGGUUUUGGUAGUUGAAGGCAAUAGUAACUGAUUUGUACUGUAAGAUGGUCCGUGGUAAACAUUGGAUCUAGUCUCCAUUUCUCUGCAAGGUGAAUCCAAUAAGUGAAAUUUUGUUCUUCAAAACAGUGUAACCAUAGUCCCUUUCGGCCAUGCAAUCUCUCUUUGACAAUCGCCGUUCUCCCCGACAAUGUUUUUUUGAAAUAGCUAUAAAUSAAUAUAUUGGGUAGUUGGUAUGUUCAAAUUACAUGUUACUUAGCUUUAAUUUGUUACCAAAAUGCAGAACAUAUUUGAAUAACACACCAGUCAAUGGAUCUGCAAUCUUAUUUGUUGAGAAAAGAUAAAAAUUCACAUAUCUUCUACCCAAUGUAAUCAUAAUAAUGACAGCUUUAAUAAUUUUUUUCAAAUGUCUGUAGUGGCACCAUGCACCAUAAAUAAAGUAAUAAAUGUUACAA